AUGGAAUGUUUUGUGUUAUUAGGGAUUGAGGCAGUACCAGCUAAGUGGUAUGACAAAGCAAACAAACUUUGUAAAUUUCCUCCCGUGGACGAUCAUACUGAGAAGGAGUUAUCCAACUUUAUUAUUGAAGAAUAUGACCCCUUAGAGGAAUGGCCAAUACAUGAGGCAGUGUUAGAAAACCAGACAGAAUUUGUACUGUUUAACAAAGCUCACAUUAGAGCUAGUAAAGCGUGCAAUAGCCAGAAUUACAAAUCAGAUAAAGAAACUGUGUUACCACAAAAGAGACCUCCUAAACCAAGGAAAAUAGUGAGCAGUAGUAGUGAGCAGGACUCAGAUGGGUCAGAUCUGGUUUUUGAACAUUCAUUUCCUAAGUCUAAGAAAGAACAACAUGAAAAGUGUACCCCAUCUAAAUCAAGAACUCAUCCAAAUAUUGGAUUAGAAAACAAACAGGAAGUAAAAACCGUGCAAGAAACUUCCAAACCCACACCAACAAAUGCCAAUGCUCAAGAAACUGCAAUUUCAUAUUUAAUAAGAAUAAAAAGAACGUUAGAAUUACAAGAACAAAAACUUAUUGAAAUUGACAGAAAAGUGGAUGAAUUGUCCACUAUAAUCAGAGGGCAACAAAAAAGUACAGAUAUAACUGAUGAUGAAGUUCAUAAGAAAUUACCUCUAUCCACCUUAGAAGAACUAGGAGACGUUGAAAAGCUACUAGAAAAUGCUACAAAUCUAGACAACUUUGUUAUUUACAUGCGUCAGGUGGGAGGUUUUGAUUACAAGGAAAGUGUCAGGAGAUGCUUGAAAAAAAUCUUCAAUGAUCAAUUAGCAAUUAUCUACAGUUUUCAAGGUCAUAAGGGGAAAAAUCCCUUUAAUAAGACUCUAAUUUGCACUGCCGUAAUAACCCUAAUAGCACAAGGACGUCCAAUGGACGUCCUUCACGGACUUUAGGGACGUCCGUUUUCG